AGCCCCCGCGCGGUGGGACCGGUCUGUGUCGGUAAGAUGGCGGCCGUGAGUCUGAGGCUCGGAGACCUGGUGUGGGGGAAGCUGGGCCGUUACCCUCCAUGGCCAGGGAAGAUUGUUAACCCACCUAAAGAUCUGAAGAAACCUCGAGGAAAAAAGUGCUUCUUUGUGAAGUUUUUUGGAACAGAAGAUCAUGCUUGGAUCAAAGUGGAACAGCUGAAGCCUUAUCACCCUCACAAAGAGGAAAUGAUAAAGAUUAACAAGGGUAAGCGCUUCCAGCAAGCUGUGGAUGCUGUAGAGGAAUUUCUUAGAAAAACCAAAGGCAAGGACCAGGCGUCUUCCCAUAACUCCACUGAAGAGAAGAAUCGGCGUAAUUCCAGUGAAGAAAGAGGCAAGCAAUCUGCUGGUGAAGAGAAACGCAAAGCCAGUUUGUCUGAAGGAAAGGUGAAGAAGAGCACAGGGGAAGGAAAAAAGAGGGUCUCUUCUGUCUCGUCAGAGAGAGGAUCAAAGUCACCCUUGAAAAGAGCCCAGGAUCAGAGCCCCCGAAAGCGGGGGCGCCCACCCAAGGAUGAGAAGGACCUCACAAUUCCAGAGUCAAGUACAGUGAAGAGAGUGAUGACUGGAACAGUGGCUGGAUUUAAAUGGCCACCAAGUGUGAGCGAGCCUGUGAAGGACAGUGAUCCACACUUUCAUCACUUCCUGCUGAGCCAGACAGAGAAGCCAGCUGUCUGCUACCAAGCCAUCACAAAGAAACUGAAGGUUUGUGAAGAGGAGACAGGAUCCACCUCCAUCCAGGCAGCAGACAGCACAGCAGUCAAUGGCAGCAUCACGCCUACAGACAAAAAGAUAGGAUUUCUGGGCCUUGGUUUGAUGGGAAGUGGCAUUGUCUCCAACUUGCUGAAGAUGGGUCACACUGUCACUGUCUGGAACCGGACUGCCGAGAAGUGUGAUUUGUUCAUCCAGGAGGGUGCACGGCUGGGAAGAACCCCUGCUGAAGUUGUCUCCACCUGUGACAUCACGUUUGCCUGUGUAUCAGAUCCAAAAGCAGCAAAGGAUCUGGUGCUUGGUCCAAGUGGAGUGUUGCAGGGGAUUCGCCCAGGGAAGUGUUAUGUGGAUAUGUCCACUGUGGAUGCAGAUACAGUCACAGAGCUGGCCCAGGUGAUAGUGUCCCGAGGUGGUCGCUUUCUGGAAGCACCAGUCUCAGGAAACCAGCAGCUCUCUAAUGAUGGAAUGCUUGUGAUCCUGGCAGCUGGCGACAGGGGUUUAUAUGAGGAUUGCAGCAGCUGUUUCCAAGCCAUGGGGAAAACCUCUUUUUUCCUAGGUGAAGUAGGCAAUGCUGCCAAGAUGAUGCUGAUUGUGAACAUGGUCCAAGGCAGCUUCAUGGCAACAAUAGCAGAAGGACUGACUUUGGCUCAAGUGACUGGCCAGUCCCAGCAGACCCUUCUGGAUAUCCUCAAUCAGGGACAACUUGCCAGCAUCUUCCUGGACCAGAAGUGCCAAAAUAUCUUGCAAGGAAACUUUAAACCCGAUUUCUACCUGAAAUACAUACAGAAGGAUCUUAGAUUAGCUAUUGCACUGGGCGACUCUGUCAACCACCCAACUCCCAUGGCAGCUGCUGCCAACGAGGUCUAUAAACGAGCAAAAGCAUUGGACCAAUCUGACAACGACAUGUCCGCAGUGUACAGGGCCUACAUCCAUUAGGCUGCGCCUAUCUUACUGUUCAUAUGAUGAUUAUUGAUUAAUAUUAUUAUGAUACUGGGUUUUAACUCUGGACCAGUCCAUCUCUGUCUUUCCAUUUCCUUUUAUACACAAACUUUAAGCCCUGCUGCAGUGAGCUUUCCACUGCGUCAGGAGGGGGGAGGAGGGGGCUCGGAUUGUUGCAGUCUAAUUAGAAAAAUCCAUGCCAUGCACUGACAGUCAUGAGACGGAACGGCGGCAAUUGUUCAGAAGCUCUGAGGCAACUCUGCCAGAAAUCUGCUGCUUGGCUGCUUUAAUUUUCCUCUUUGUUUGCUUGUCCAAGAUGCUGUUUCUAGCAAUCCCUUUUCUCCUUUGCUGUGAAAUAAUGCAAGUGUUGGACUCUCUGCAUCAAGGGGACAGGAUGACAUACAUCCCAUCUACCUGUGAAUAUCACUCGAGUCCUUGGUCCCAAGUAAGGUGAGGAACAUUCCUGCUAAUUAGCCACUGUUAGAGAACAAAGCACCUCCCAUGGAGGAGAAGGGCAGUUCCAGAGGGUAAGGGGAGUUGAGUGCAACACUGUCUUGAUUCAGUUUCUUUUUAGACUUCCACUUCCCCAGCACCUUGAUGGAGGAAUUCCUGUACUGUUAAAGACAACACAUUGCAUCCAUGUCUUCCCCUGUACAGACAAACUACAGCUUAGGGAACACAAACUGUACUGAAAAUAGGAGAAUACCAAUGUCAGUGAGGCUCUUGAAAGGCUUAUCGUAGCCCAUCCAAAACAUCAUUAGAAAGUAACAUGUUUGCAUAGAAAACUGCAAUAGAAACAUAGAGCCUAUAAAACUGGACUAGAGAGUUUACUUGUUCUGGGCCUUAGCUUAUGUUACUACCUGGUUUUUUUUAACCCUUGUAGUCAAUAAUUACAAAGGUGUCUUGGAUUACAGCAGUGUCACAAGCAGAGUGGUGAGUCUGAAAGGGGACAGAAAAAUGAUCCAAGAGAUUGAAAUUCCUGAGCUCCUUUCCACGCUCUCUGGCCUUUGCAUGGUUGUCACAUCUCUCAGCGUGUUUGCCCAUCUAUAAAGGUGGGUGAUGGUUACCUACCUCACAGGGAUACUUUUGUGUACUGACUAGUGAUCUUUAUAAAUGUCAGAUUUUCCAUACAUGUUCUUACUGUUAUUACUUUGGGUACAAGAUAGCACAGCAUAUGCCUUCUCCCUGUAUCUGUGAACUCUGCUUGUGGCCAGAUACCAACUUUUAGAAAAACCAGUAACUGAAACUGAGGAGGCUAAGACCACUGCUGAGCUUUAGUCUAGAGACAGGUGAAAUGAACUAGAGAUGCCAAGGCUAGAGAUCAGAGAUGCUCUCAAUGUAGAUAGCAGAGCAACCCAGAGUCCAAAGGAUGCCUGCCACUGAAAAUGCACAGAGUGUGGCUUGGUUUUUGGUUUGCUUGGUUUUGUUUUUUUUUUUUUUUUUUUUUUUU